AUGCACUCGGCAGCAGAAUGUCAAAAAGCCCUCUGCUUCUUCUGCAUCAUGAACCACCCAGACCCAUUGGUUAGGAGAUCCCAAGCAUCUCAUUUCUUCCAACAGAUGCCUCUCACAGACGACAAAGACCACGUCUUGGUCCUCAGCAGCCUCCGAAACAUCGCCAUUGCUCAACCUGACGACCCUGAGUUCCCUUCCCUCGGCAUCUUCACCUCCAUGACCCGCCUCAUCCAAAAGGGUAUCCACCACAAGCAAUGGCUUCUGAAAGACCAGAACAUCUACAUCCCUUACUACGCCGCCCACAUCAUCGGCACCUACGCCACGAGCAACCCUCAAUCCGCCGGGAAAGCAGCCGAAUCGGGAGCAAUCCCGGCUCUGUUGGAGCUUCUAAGAGGGAAAAUCAGCUGGGUCGAACAGCGCGUCGCGGCUCGAGCACUCUGCCACUUGGCUUCCCACAACGUAGCAUUCCGUGCUACCAUGUCAGAAACAGAGGACAUCGUGGAGCUUGCCAUGGAAAUCGCUUCGAGCUGCCUCGGAACUGUGUACCGGCAGUUUCUGGCGACGGAAGAGAGGAAUCGGUUGAAGUACCACUGCGAAUUGCUGACCAGAGGGCUUGGAGGCGUCGAAACAGAGAACAGAAAGGCAGAGGAAUGGGGGGUUCAGUUGCAGGAAUGGUGUCUGUACCUUCUGACAUGCUUCGCUGGAAAAGGGAGUGAUAGAUUCCUCGAUCGAAUCUGCGAAUCGGAGUUCCUGAAGGAACUAUGCGGGAUGAGAGGCGGAAUCGAGAGCUGCAAAGAUUCCCCUGGCGGGCUCGGGUUAAUCAGAGAGCUCUGCAAUUUCGAAAUCGGCAGAGACAGAAUCAGCAAUCGGAGGGAAGUAAUUGAGAAUUUGUGUGACGUGGCGAGAUCUUCGGAUUCCUGGCACGAAACAGCGAUCGAGUGCGUCGUUUUACUUCUGAAAGACCCCGGAACCAGAAACAGAGUGAUCGGCUUCUCUGCCGCAGCGAUGGCGCAAUUGGUCGAGCUUCGGCGAACAGGGGAGACGAUAACGCGGGCUUUGCUGCAGGAUUACCACAGGAUCAAGUACGGUGAGAUGAGAUUGGGAAGCUUCGAAGUGGAGAAGGCGCUGGAAGAGACGUGGGAACUGAAGGUCGAGAGGAAGAAGAAAGAGAAGGUUAUGAAUACAGAGGAAUUGAAACAGAGGGAAACAAUGGCUGGUUUUUUAAAACGGGAAGGGAACGAGAGCUUCUGGCGCGGGGAAGUCGAGAAGGCGGUGUACGAGUACUCGAAAGCUCUUGAGGUCUGUCCUUUGAAGCUGAGAAGGGAGAGGAUCGUGUUGUACAGCAAUCGGGCUCAGUGUUGUUUGGUGAUGAAGGAAGCUGAACUCGCCAUUGGCGAUGCGACGAGAGCUCUGUGUUUGUCGGGUGGUUCGCGGCCUCACCGUAAGAGCCUGUGGAGGAGAGCGCAGGCGUUCGAUAUGAAAGGGUUGAGUAGGGAGAGCUUGAUGGACGGUUUGAGAUUCGUUGAAGUGGGGAGGAGGAAGGACGUUGAGAUCCCCUGCUUCGCGGCACGGUUGGUUAAGAAACAGAUGCAUGCCACGUGGCCUUUCGCGGCGGCGGUGAAGUCGGAGGUGGCGGCAGGGAAGUGCAAGAAAGUAGAACGUUUCGACCACGGCGCGGCAUUCGCACGUGCCGACCCCUAA